ACUCUUUCGUCCCGAUUUCCAGCAUUUCUCCUUCUCCUCCUUCUCCUUCUCCUUCUCCUCCAUUCUUCACUCAAAGUAGAUCAGGCCUUAGUGUGCGCUUUGAUGCUUAAAAUUUACCAGAUCUCCACCUGCAUACCACCGGCACACGAUUACGUCUUGUUCUUCUGACCUUUCAUCCCUCCCUCCGAUGGCUUCCUCCGGGAAUCCAAAUCAAUCCGCACCCUUCGAUAUGCACAAGUUCUUCAAACCCUCCUCAAACCCUACACCAGCAAACCCUAACACCUCAACUCCCCCACCGUUCCCUCCGUCUUCUUACCCUGCACCUCCUUCUUCAUCCUAUCCUCUGCCCACCGGCGCAUUCUCGUACCCACCCCCAACUCCUCCAUUUCAGCACCAUUACCUCCACUACCCACAAGACCAGUUCUCUAACGUGCACCACCAGAGGCCCAUCUCUUAUCCCACACCCCCUCUACAGCCUCCUCAUCUCCCUUCCCCAAACCCUAACCCUGGAGCCAGACUCAUGGCCCUACUGGGCACUAACCCACCCAGCAACAUCGAAUUGCCGCCUCCGGCGGUACCUUCUCCCUCGGCGGCAUUGCCGUCUUCGGGCAUUUCCGAAUUUCCAAUGUCCAUGAAUCCGCCAAUCUUGCCUGUGAUUCCCUCAGCGCCACCCUUGAAUCCGGCGAUGUCCCCAUCGACGCCUAUGCGGUUGCCGAGCAGCAAGCUCCCUAAGGGGCGUCAUUUAAUUGGCGACCAUGUGGUGUAUGACGUGGACGUUAGGUUGCAGGGCGAGGUUCAGCCUCAGCUCGAAGUUACACCAAUCACCAAGUAUGUUUCUGAUCCGGGACUGGUUGUGGGUCGUCAGAUUGCGGUUAAUAGGACUUAUAUAUGUUAUGGGUUGAAGUUGGGGGCGAUUCGGGUCCUUAACAUCAAUACUGCAUUGAGAUCUUUGCUUCGAGGUCACACUCAGAGGGUCACGGACAUGGCUUUCUUUGCUGAGGAUGUUCAUCUUUUGGCCAGUGCGAGCAUAGAUGGCAGAGUUUUUGUGUGGAAGAUUAAUGAAGGUCCAGAUGAAGAAGAUAAGCCACAAAUUACAGGAAAAAUUAUUGUUGCAAUUCAGAUAGUUGGGGAGGGGGAACCAGUACAUCCACGAAUCUGUUGGCACUGUCACAAACAGGAAGUAUUGGUAGUUGGUAUUGGAAAACGUGUGCUGAGAAUUGAUACAACAAAAGUUGGAAAAGGAGAAGUGUUCUCUGCGGAGGAACCUCUUAGAUGUCCUGUUGAUAAGCUGAUUGAUGGAGUCCAGUUGGUUGGUAAACAUGAUGGAGAGGUUACCGAGUUAUCGAUGUGCCAAUGGAUGACCACCCGUUUAGCUUCAGCAUCAACAGAUGGCACGGUAAAGAUAUGGGAAGACCGUAAGACAUUACCCCUUGUGGUACUAAGGCCACAUGAUGGGCAACCAGUUAACUCGGUUACAUUCGUAACUGCCCCUCACCGGCCAGAUCACAUUAUUCUCAUCACAGCGGGACCACUGAACCGGGAAGUCAAGAUGUGGGCAUCAGCAAGUGAAGAAGGCUGGCUGUUGCCUAGUGAUUCUGAAUCAUGGAAGUGUACUCAGACUCUUGACUUAAAGAGUUCUGACGAACCUAGACUUGAGGAGGCAUUCUUUAAUCAAGUAGUAGCAUUGCCACGUGCAGGGCUUCUUUUACUUGCAAAUGCUAAGAAGAAUGCUAUAUAUGCUGUACACAUAGAAUAUGGUCCAUGCCCUUCAGCUUCCCGCAUGGAUUAUAUUGCUGAGUUUACUGUCACCAUGCCUAUUCUCAGUCUUACUGGAACAAGUGAUUGCUUACCUGAUGGAGAACAAGUUGUUCAGGUUUACUGUGUUCAAACGCAGGCUAUUCAACAGUAUGCUCUGGACUUGUCCCAGUGCUUACCACCACCAUUGGAGAAUAUUGGGUUAGAAAAGACAGAUUCAGGUGUUUCUCGUGCUCUAGAAGCACCUGCUUCAGAUGGGUUCACACUGGAGCCAUCGCUUGGGAGUACAUCUGUUGAAUCAACUGUAGAAGGAAGCACAGGCCCCAAACCUGCCACACUGGUAAGCAGUACUGAGAGUGCACCUGCUUCUAAGUAUCCUGUGACUCCAGAUUCUACUGAAGUUCAUAGCUUGCAUGAACUGACUACUCCGAGUAUGGAAUCUAAGCCAACUUCCUUACUGGCAACAACUUCUGAUGCUGAUCACAUCCGUGUUGCCUCACCACCACUUCCUUUGAGUCCUAGGCUGUCUGGAAAACUGUCUGGUUUUAGAGGUCCAUCUAAUAACUAUGAGCCUGGUCCCUCUCUUGGUGAUCGUAGUGGAGACCAGUCAGUUCUUGAUUAUUCAGUUGAUAGGAGAGUGGAUAAUGUUCUUCCAAGUUUGGCCGAUGUUCCUUCCUUGGAUGACACUACCAGGAAGGACGAAAAUAAAGUUGCACAAAAUGAUAUUUCUAUGGUACCUAAUCCUCCAAUGAUGUUCAAACAUCCUACCCAUUUGAUUACUCCUUCUGAGAUUCUAUCAAUGGCUGUUUCAUCUUCUGAGAGUACACAGGUCAGUCAAGGCAUGAAAAGGGGAGAGUCAAAGGUUCAAGACGUGGUUGUCAACAAUGAUGUGGAGAGUGUUGAGGUGGAGGUUAAAGUUGUUGGUGAAACUGGACCUAGUCAGAACGACGAUUUUAACCCUCAGAGAGAAACCCACAUUAUUGUUGCAGAGAAAAGGGAGAAGUCCUUUUGCUCCCAGGCUUCUGAUAUUGGUGUUGAAAUGGCUAGAGAGUGUCAUGCUUUGUCCACUGAAACUUUUAACUUGGAGGAAACUCGACAAGUUGAUGAUGCUAGUGUUACUGAAGCCUUGGACCGAAGUUCAAAUGCUGGUGAGGAAGAGGCCCAAGAUUCCACAAAGGAUGUGCAUGGAAAAGUUGCUGAAUCGGCUGCAGCUACAAUCGUUCCACAGUCCCCAGCACCGGCUACAAAAGGCAAAAAACAGAAGGGAAAAAGCUCUCAAGUUUCUGGUCCAUCUUCCCCAUCUCCAAGUCCUUUCAAUUCUACAGAUUCUUCUAAUGAACCUGGUAGCAGUUCAAGCGUUCCUUCUACAGAGGCUGCCUUUUCUCAGAUUCUGGCUAUGCAGGAUAUGCUGAACCAGCUAAUGGCCAUGCAGAAGGAAAUGCAGAAACAGCUCCCGGUGGUGGUGGCUGUGCCAAUUACUAAAGAAGGCAGAAGACUUGAGGCAGCCCUUGGCAGGAGUUUGGAGAAAGUUAUUAAAGCCAACACUGAUGCUCUAUGGGCUCGUUUCCAGGAGGAGAAUGCAAAACAUGAGAAGCUAGAACGGGAGCAUCUACAGCAGAUAACCAAUUUGAUCACCAACUCUAUGAACAAAGAUUUGCCAGUUCUUCUAGAAAGAACAUUGAAGAAGGAAAUAACUUCAAUAGGACCAGCUGUAGCUCGUGCUAUUACCCCAGUUGUGGAGAAAGCAAUUUCUUCAGCUAUAACCGAGUCAUUCCAGAGAGGGGUAGGAGAUAAGGCAGUGAAUCAGCUAGAAAAGUCAUUUAGUUCAAAACUUGAAGCUACAUUGGCCAGACAGAUCCAAUCACAAUUUCAAACUUCGGGCAAGCAAGCUCUUCAGGAUGCAUUAAGGUCUAAUUUGGAAACUUCAGUUAUUCCAGCUUUUGAGAUGUCUUGCAAAGCCAUGUUUGAGCAAGUUGAUGCUGCAUUCCAGAAAGGAAUGGGUGAACAUACAACUGCAGCUCAAAAGCAGUUUGAGUCUGCACAUUCCUCAUUGGCACUUACUUUGAGGGAUGCUAUUAAUUCAGCUUCAUCAAUCACCCAAACCCUAAGUGGGGAAUUUGCUGAUGGCCAGCGCAAGCUCUUAGCUCUUGCAGCUGCGGGGGCUAACUCAAAAGCUGUAAAUCCUUUGGUUACGCAAUUAAGCAAUGGACCUUUGGGUGGUCUGCACGAGAUGGUUGAAGUGCCAUUGGAUCCAACCAAAGAACUCUCAAGGUUGCUAUCUGAGCGCAAAUAUGAGGAAGCUUUCACUGCAGCACUGCAAAGAAGUGAUGUCUCUAUAGUGUCCUGGUUAUGUUCUCAGGUUGAUUUUAAGAGUAUAUUGUCGAUUGUGCCUCGUCCUUUGAGCCAAGGAGUUCUGCUUUCUCUUGUUCAGCAGUUGGCCUGUGAUAUCAGCAAAGAGACCCCUCGGAAGCUGACAUGGAUGACGGAUGCGGUUAUUGCCAUCAACCCAACGGAUUCAAUGAUCGCAAUGCAUGUAAGGCCCAUCUUCGAGCAGGUCUAUCAGAUACUAGCCCAUCACUGCACCAUGCCCACUGUAAAUGCUGCCGAUGCUGCAAGCAUUAGAGUUGUCAUGCACGUCAUCAACUCCAUGUUGAUGAGCUGUAAAUGAUUGGUUUUCUUUCUCGGCGUCAUUACUCGUACAACGUUGGUUGUGUAGUGGCCUAGUGGGGGGGACUGUAAGAGGGUUGUAUAGACACUAUAGAGAAGUAGGAAUUUCUGAAUGGGAUAAUUUUUACUGCAUAGGAUUAUAAAUGUGAUUAUGUAAAGUAGAUUAGUUUAAGAUGUGCGUCUCAUCUUUUCCUUUUUUCCCCUCUUCUUUUUUUUUUUUUGUUUUUUCCUUCUUUUUCUGUCCGAUGUUUGUAUUACUUUUCCUAUUGAAAGAAAUGAAUUCCACCAGAACUGGGAUUUUCUCUCCCCA